CAAAGAUACACCCCCUUCCUUUAACUCUGCUAUAGCAUGCUACAGCCAGCAUGACAGCUCAGGGAAAACGCAUCGUUUGAGAGCGCGAGAGAGCGAAAGUAAGGGAUAAGGAGGUGAGAACACGUGGAGAGAAAGAGGAGUAGCGAGAAAAGUAGGAAGAAGAUAAACAUCAAGACUGUAAGAAAUGAAAUAAAGGAAGUCUCGUCAAUCCAUGCCUCUAGUCCAUCUCUUUCUCUUCCCCAGGAUUAGGACUAUUUGGUCAUCACAAUGGCCCACAACCAAAGCAUUCCCCUUCGCCUCCUGUCCAACUUCUCCCUCCCCCAAAUCAUCCCUCCAUCCCUCACAAACCCCUCCUCAUCCCUCUAUCCAUUCUCCUCCUCUACAUCGCCCCCCCUGUUCCUGUCCACCUCCAUGCACAUCCUGAACACCACCAACACGUCUGUUUUCGGGGGAAACCAAAGCAUUGUGGGUAAUACCACCUCCACGACAGUAGGGGCUCUCAUCCUGUGUCUGGUCUUGCUGCUGGGCCUCCCCGGCAACCUCUUCAUCAUCUGGAGUAUCCUGGCGCGUGCCCGCCGCCGCUCCGUCACCACCCUCCUCAUCCUCAAUCUAGCGGUGGCCGACGGCUCACUCAUGGCGCUCACGCCCUUCUUCGUGAUCUACCUGGUCAAGAAGACCUGGGUUUUUGGCAACAUCAUGUGCAAGAUACUCUUUUACUUGUGCCUAGCCAACAUGUACGCCUCCAUCCAACUGAUCAUGCUGAUGAGCCUGCACAGGCUGGUGGCCGUGGUGUGGCCUAAGCGUGUCGCUGCACUUGCUGGACGGAAGGCGGUACUGCGCGGAGUGCUGGUGUUGUGGACCAUGGUGCUGGUCGCGUCCAUCCCUGCGUUGCUGUUCAGGGACGAGCGGAAGACCGUGCACCCCAACGGGAAGAGCCGGGUAGUGUGUGAGUCGUUGCACAAGCAGCAGAGUCAUGUGGUGCUCCAGUACACGUUGGAAACAGUGCUGGGAUUUGUAGUUCCUUACGGGGUGAUUAUAGGCAGCUACAUCUGCAUCCUGCGGAGGAUCAGGCAGACAAGGUUCAGGAGGAGGAUCCGCAGUGAGAAUCUCAUCCUGGCCAUCGUGGUAACCUUCGGUGUCUUCUGGUUGCCCUACCAUGUCAUCAACAUUGUGCAGGUUGCUGCCGCACUUUCUCCAAAGGAUUCAACUCUAAAAGCAAGGCUUGACCCUAUUUGGCAGACCAGCCGUGCGGUCACUUCAGCCCUGGCCUUCAUCAGCAGCUGUGCCAACCCUGUCCUCUACACUUUUGUUGGCAAGUCCUACAUCAGGCGGGACGGCUUUGCCUUCAUGGCCCGCUUGUUCGAGGGCACGGCGCAGGACUCUGGGACAAGGAAGAGCAGACAGAACAGCCAGAAUAGCCGAGAGAGAGACAGGGAUGCAAAGGAGGUCGGACUGAAGGAAAAGGAGGGAGACCUAGAGUCGACAACCAGCUCCAAUGUCAUGAGUCCCGUCUGUGUGAAACCUGUUAAGAAUGGCAAGCCGGGCCCGAUUCCGACUUAGGAAAUGAUGCCUUUCUUUUGCACAUCUUUCCUACACAUUUCUCAGUAGUUUACCUUAUGAAGGUGAGUAAUGGGCUUCGCAGGAGUGGUUCCCUUACGCGCACUGAAGAAAUGUAAUUCACCUGCUGAAAACCCUCUUACUUACUGGCCAACAGAUUUUCUUGUGGAGUUUUCAUUCAAUAGAGUUUUCAGUACAUUUAUUUAGCCAUCCCUUUAAAUAUGGCGUACCUUUUAGUUUUGUUUACAGACUCAAUACAAUAUAUCGAGAGAAUCGGUUCAGAAAUGUUAGGGAUGAAUUAAAGAAAGCCAUCUUAGUAUAUAUGUGCAUACUCAUCUCAGUUUCAGCACCAAGUGGUAGAUUUUAAAAUACUCUGAUCUUUUAGAUUAUUUAGGGUUAGGAAAUUAUUUGUGAAUCCUAAAAAAAAGGUUUGGAGGAAGAAAAUGGGUUGGAUUCAUUCAGAAAAUUGCCACGUUCAGAUCUUUAACUCAUGGUAAUUUUGGAUGAUUAGUGAACAAAGAAUUAUAAUAGGGAGAAUAGUGUGAAAUAGUAGGCUAUACCCUCAUCUAUUUCCUGCACUAACCAUGGAACUGUGUGAUGACACAUCCAAGUAUUGCACCAUACGUUGUGUUCAAACUGUUACGUUUGGUCUGUGCUCCUCUCCAUAAUGAUUGAAUUAGCUAUGUCUUAAAAUAUAUAUAUAUAUAUAUAUAUAUAUAUAUAUAUAUAUAUAUAUAUAAACUGUUACUAAUGAUCCUCACCAACAACCACAUGCCCGUGAUGGAGUUUACAGAGGAAGCAAAUGAAGGUUAACAAAAUAAUGUAAUUAAAUGGAACAAUAAUGUAGACUACACAAACUGAAGGGAACUAACAGUAAAUUGGCAGUUGAAUAUGUGUUGUUAUUAGGCCUACUGACGAUUGAUGCUGAUAGUGACUACUAUUUAACAUGAUAGAAAUAGGAAACAGAGAAGGUCGGGGUAGCCUAUAAAUCAAGACAUUCGAGAGUGCCCAUCCCAGCAAGGUAAGGCCUUAAAUUCUGCCUAAUGGCACAGCAUUUCAUGAACUUCGCUGUGGGAAAGUUGAUAUGCUUCAGUUUUCUACCAUUUGACUGGUUUCACAUAUGCCUCCAGCAAAUAUAAGAUAAAAUAUCUAAAACCGGUGUCAUUUAUAUGUAAAAUUCCCUUAUCCAAAGGGAUGACUCAUUUACCUAGCUCUUCCCAAUAGCUCUUAUCAAGUUAUAAAUUAGACAAAAAUUAAGUAGAUACUUUUCCCACGUUUUUCCUUAUUCAUGGUUUCCUCAUGCUAAAGGUGAAUAGCAUGCUUAAAUUCAAGGUCAGAAUACGCAUAGAGAGGAAAGUGCAUAAAAAAGCAUUUACACCCCAUUUACACAUGCUUAACUAUUGGCCCGAUUCCGAUUUAGGAAUUUAUGCCUUUCCUAUGCAUGCCUUUCCUACGCAUGCUUUUCCUAUGCAUGCUUUUCUUAUGCACUUUUCAGUAUUUGGCAUUCAGACUUAUUUAGUCGUGUAAAGCGCUCUGCAUGAGUGGCUACCUUGCGCACUUUGAAUAAAUGGCAUUCAACUGCUGAAAACCCUCCCCAUAUGCUGGGCAACAGAUUUUCUCUUGGAGUUUUCAUUCAAUGGGGUUUUCCUAUAGUUCUGGUCUCCAAUUUUCAUCUUUGCAAAUUAUGAGAGCACACAAUUAGAAUUCUGAAUAAAUGCAUGGCUAUUUAUAUCCUAUUUCACUGUGCAAUACAGUAACUGUCAUGUUGAUAAGACUUUCAGUUUGCUUCCAUAUGGCUGUUUUCACAUAAGGACAAGUUAUCUAAAACAAUUACUAUGUGUAUUUACAAUCCCCUUCCCAAAACGGAUUACUCAUUUACCUAGCUCUUAUAAAUAGAUAUGAUCAAGUUGUAAAUUACAGUGCAUGGAGAAAUGGUGUUAUUUCUAUUGGAACAAAUUAAGUAGAUGCUUUUUCUACUUUGAACCGGGAGGUUUGCUAGACCUUAUUCAUGGUUUCCUCACGUAAAGGUGGUGGAAUUAUUAGGGAAUUAAGUCAAGGUCAGAAUACGACGUAUCUGUAGACCCUCACCUCACGACGUAUCUGUAGACACUCACGCCUCACCUUCAUUUAUUCGGUCUCCACCUCGAACGAAUAGCGGAUGAAUAGCAUACUAUUCCCAUGCUUAAAUUCAAGGUUAGAAUACGCAUUGAGAGGAAAACGCAUUUUAAAAAAGGAAUAAAGUUCAAUUUACACACGCUUAACUCUGGUCGGAAACUGGGCCAUAGUGACUGGAAGAUGAAUGAGUUGGAUGCUAUUUCAGAAGCUGUUUUGGAGGGAAUGUUUCCUGUAGUUUGCAUGGUUGGCCACUAGAUGUGCAAGUCAUGUUUCCUAAUGGUUCAUGACUGACUUACCGACUGACUGAACCAUAUCUCUGUUUUUAGAGGUGGUGAUUCAAGCUCAGUGGGUGGUGGAGUGAAUUUAGUCAAUUGUCUUUACAGUAUGCUUUGUCUGACUCUUUCUCCUUCUCUCCAUUUGUGUGUGUGCGAGUGCAUGUGAUUUACUGCUGUAAGUACACUACAAUACCAAAUUGUUAGAGUAAAAAGAGCACUGUAUAAUGUAAAGUGUUACCAAUAUUUGUAUAAUUGUUUACCACAUUUAUUUGAUCAAAGGCAUUAAGACAUGUUGUGUUUGUGCCAGUGCAAGAAAAUUAAAAACACUUUUCUCAGAGAA